GGCGUCCGGACACUGGAAAACAGACCCCUGUCGGAAUGCCGUGUCACGUGACCAUGCCGAUGUCCGCUUGUCAAAGUGUCCCAUUCCGAACCAAGCCCACGCUGCGCCAAACGGUGCUAGCGGUAUUCUCGCCCAAAGUAGCGGGCUUGAUCUUGGCACAAUAGACUCCUCUACCAGACAGACCAACCCCAGUGUGUUUUUGGUUCGCGCACGCCCCCGCUCUAUCAAAGCUCACUUGCCUGCCCAGGACUCUGUUAGGCCACACGAUGUCCGACAUAAAAACUGAUCCCACCAAGUUCCUUGGCUCGAUUAUCGGCAGUACCGUGGUGGUCAAGCUCCAUAACGGCGUCGAAUAUCAAGGCGACUUGCAGAGUAUCGAUGGAUACAUGAACGUGGUUUUACAGUCUGCCAAAGAAAUCGUGGAAGAGAGCCAGACGAAAUCUUACGGGGACGUUUUCAUCAGAGGCAACAACGUGUUGUAUAUUAGUGAGUGCUAGCUCAAGCGUAUAGGAACAAGAAUAAACGAAGAACACAACACAACCAUAGCUGACGCCUGGGACAAGCACAGUAACACAAGACGCUCUAGCUCAAUAUAAGACGCUCCAGCUCCACAACGACCCAAAUCCAAAGGCCUACGGAGAAAGCCGGGCCCGGUCACGUGACGUGUCACGUGACACGGCUCUUCCGGCGCUUUGCGGGCCUACAGCCGCCCCGCCAGCGAAGGCCGCCGCCAGAUCCCAUUCACAGCCGUCGGUCGUGUUGCCGGCUGCACUUUUGAAGUCCUAGGGACCCGGCUCCACUGACUGUAGGAGAGAAUGGAGGGCACGUGACCUGCACGCGGGCCCAGCGAAUGAGAGCCCGUUUCGCGCAAGUUCGAAAAAAGCCCGAGCACCGAAAUCUCAAACUUUUGCCCACCCAG